UGCGAGCACAUCGCUGUUGGCAACGCCGUGGCUUUGGGUUCUCCUAUUACUUACCUGGACUGGCAUCCUACCGGCGAGGCUCUGGUUGCCGCCACUGACUCGGGAAAAUGGGCUAUCUUGAGACUCGACAGGAAUGAGGGCUUGAGUCACCUGAUCGAUAUGA